CGCUCUCCCAAAGUGGAUUUAUCGACGUCCGCUAAGAAUGCUCAUGGUUCCAAGUUCUUCAUCGCUUCGGCUUUAGCAUAGUCCUCUUUGCCAAUAUCCUCAUCUCGGCCGACAGCGUUUCAAUUUUCCGAGCUGCAUCUAUAUUUCGUCGGAGACACGGCAACGAAGUAAAGUCUACCUACAUCAUUUGCAUAUAAAGAUGCAACGUUUACGCCUUCUCUUUCGUUUAUCAGCACUCCCAAACUCCUAAAUCAACAGCCUCAAUCUACUCCUUCCGAAAGUCGCGAACUCUAACCCACAAACCCCCUUCUCAACCACCAAAAUGCCCCCCUACCCCACCGCCCCCGAAAUCUCCGCUAUCUUCAAAAACAUGGAGACAGGGAACUACCCCGAAGUCUUCAAGCGCGUCAGUCCAAAUGUCGACUGGACGGUCAUGGGAACCCACCCCUGCGCCGGCCGUUACACCACCCUGGCCGCCUUCCAAAAGGGCACUUUAAAGCGCCUUGGCGCGAUCAUGAAAGAGCCGGGUAUCAAGCUUAAGGUUAGGAAUGUGAUCGGGGGCGGGGAGCAGGCGUGGGCUGUUGUGGAGUUGGUUGCGGAUGCGGAGUGCAAGAAUGGAAUGCCGUUCGAGAACACCUACGCGUGGUGUGUGCGGUUUGAUGAGGAGGGAAUGGUGGUGCAGGUGCGGGCGUAUUUGGAUUCGGCAAUGGUGAAGCAGGCGGUGGAGGAGAAUGAGGGGCCUUGUGAGAGUUUUAGGGCGAAGAUUGAGUGAGGAGAAGAGACUCUGUAGAGAAUGGAGGGGAUGUUGGAGAAUCAAGAGGACGUAGUGAAGGAUGUAUACACAUAGAAUAUGAAGUUGAUGUGAAAGCUGAUAGUCACGUGAUGUCUACCGAAGCGUAGUUUACCUCUGUCGCUUUGCAG